AUAUGUGCAAACCUUUCGCGGAGAUCACACUGACUUUUACUUCUAUAAUAGUUUAUUUACCUGUUGAUAUCAUGCUAAGAUUAUCAGAUUUAACCUGAAAGGGUACGACGGGUAAUGAAAGAUCCUACGUAUGUGGCUGUCCCAAUGAAUCCUCACGAUAUCGCACAUAAAAACAAGAACCUUCCCAAAUCUUUACGGAAUUGGGAAGUGUUCCCAGGGAAGAACAAAUUCUGCUGUAAUGGCAGGCUUAUGAUGGCCAGACAGACUGGCAUAUUUUACUUCACAUGCACCUUAAUCACUGUGACAUGCGGCCUAUUUUUCGGUUUCGACUGUCCUUACCUGGCCACCAAUGUUACCCCAGCCAUACCUGCCAUAGGGGCAGCAUUGUUUAUCUUUGUGAUGGCCACAUUAUUUCGCACCAGCUUCAGUGAUCCAGGGGUCAUCCCUAGGGCAACUCCAGAUGAAGCUGCUGACACGGAGAAACAAAUUGAAAUCCCGAGUUCAACGUCUCCGGGUACCUAUAGGCCACCACCUCGGACUAAAGAGGUGGUCAUCAAAGGUCAAGUAGUCAAGCUUAAGUACUGCUUCACCUGUAAGAUAUUCAGGCCACCUCGGGCCUCCCACUGCAGUCUUUGUGACAAUUGUGUCGAGCGGUUUGACCACCACUGCCCUUGGGUAGGAAACUGUGUGGGCAAAAGGAAUUAUCGCUACUUUUACCUGUUUAUACUGUCACUUUCCAUUCUGUGUAUCUACAUAUUUGCCUGUGUGCUAACACAUUUAAUUUUACGUUCACAAAAAGAUAAUUUCCUCCAUGCAAUGAGGGAUUCUCCAGCUAGUAUCGUAGAGGCCAUUAUAUGUUUCUUCUCCAUCUGGUCUGUGAUUGGCCUCGCAGGCUUCCAUUCUUACUUAGUGUCAUCAGAGCAGACAACCAAUGAAGAUAUCAAAGGAUCCUUCUCUGCUAAAAGGGGCCAAGAAAAUUUCAAUCCUUACAGUCAGGGAUCGAUAUUGAAAAACUGUUUGGUAGUGCUGUGUGGUCCAACACCUCCAAGUUUGCUGGACAGACGAGGCUUUGUGGUGCCAGAAACCACAGAGAUCCACAGUGGACUGAAUGCAUCCACAGGCAAGGAAAGUAAUGCUGUCAAUGUAAAGCAUGAGUAUUAUGGAUCAACUAAUGAAACAAAGACCAGCAAUGUGGGAACAAAUACCAACAGUGUGGGACCAGAACAGGUGUUCCACGGGAGCAGUAACGGAGUGGGUCCUGUCACCAAACAUAGCAUGAUCAGCUACCAAGGACCAGACGGUUCCAUCAACAACAAACUGCCCCCUAUCAAUGGUGGAAAGAAUCCCCUUUGGAAUAUGACUUUGACCCAACUCAAUUACCAUGUUGACGGAAACCUUCCUCCUUUAUAUGGCAAAUAGCUGGUAUUGGUGGAGUCCACCCCAGUCACACGACUGGAGCCUGAACAAGGUCAGCCAGAGUGUACCCAAGAAAUUGACAGUGUACAAACUGUUGUAUACACCUACCCUCAACAGACUGGCUUGAACAGCCAGUGGGACAGCAACAGUAGUGAACAGCAUCUCUUCCACAGCACUAGUAUCAACCAGCCUUCAAUGUAACUCCACCCCAUGUUAGAAUUCCACACCUCUAUCCAGACGUUUACUGGAGUAUACACUGUACUUACUGAAGUCAGCCAGCAUCUGUCUGACCUUCAAUUUAUAACUACUUAACACAUUAUUUGUUAAUGUUUCGGAGAGUGGUAGCCUUGUUAGAAAUAUUUAUCAAAAUCAUGUUCAGAAUGUAUAAGUCUGUUGUCAAAACAACAUUCUCAAUAGUUGAAGGAUUAAUUUUGCUUGAAGCAUUAAAAAAAUCUACUUGUAACAAUAUAUUUCUGAUGUUGUGAGUAUUCUACAUUAAAGUGUACAGUUGCUUCCUUACAUAAUAUAUGUAUCUGUAAGCUUUUACCCUUUGGUGUCUUAUUCCUCGGAAGGAGGGAGGAAUUUACUGAUUUUUUCAUGUAUUACUGUUAAUCUUGUCUUUGGACACCUUGUAAUUUAUUUAUAGAAGUGCAUAUGCAUGUAGUAUGUCAUGUACAUAUUGGAUUCCCCUCUAAAAAGACGUAGCUUCAGUGCUAUUUUUUCUGUAUCGUCUCUACAUGUGACUAUAAUUAUCAUUUACUCAGCAGUAAUUUAUUUUGUCAUAUAUUUAUAACUAUUAGUGAAGAAUGAAAGGAUUUUAACAUAUAUUCACAUAAAAAAACCAUGCAGAUUCACUAAUAUUCUGUCAUAGUUUAAGUUUGAUGUGAUGUUGUUAUUUCAUGGUAGGUAUCUGCAGUUAAAUAUCAGAAUCAUAUUUGUCAGUAAGGGCAACAAUGUGGCCAUGACACACAGAAAAAAUAGGAUGUACAGAAAUGAAUAGUAGUUUAAACAGUUUUUCUACUGAUGAAGGUUGAAUCUAAUAUUGCAAGUUAAUUCAAUACACGUAGAAAAGUGCUUUACAUGACAUAAGGAUUAGUGGUGCAAGGGGAGCUAACUAGAGCUCAACUGUUAUCCAUGACAAAGUAGAUUCUUUGUAUUUCUCAGGGUGAUGUUUCUCCUCAGCUAACAGAUCAGCUAUAAAUUCGAUUUUAAAUUUUUAGAGUUUAUCAAAGAAAUUUGAAAAUAAUAUAACUUCAAAUAUUCAUUUAAUUUUGAUCUUCCUAAAAAACUGUGGCUAAAUUCUUUAUGUACUGGGUCUUCCCAAAAUUUAUUAGUUUACUUUCCCUUAUAAAACAUUUAUUAAGCUGAGAUGCACCAGGACAUCAGAUUGUCAAAAGCUUGCCAACAAGAGUUUCAUGAAUGGCAGGCUUCAGGUUUGAGAAGAUGAACCUAGAUUAUUAACUUCUAGAAAGAUAUAGAUUAUCUUUGUCCCUGAGUUAUUUGGAUCAUUACCAAUUACAAUGUAAUCAAGUCUACCAGAGAAAUGUAGGCCUAGCCAAUUAUGCUCAAAGGGUGAAUGCCUACCUAGGUUGAGUCAUGAGGUUGAAGCCAGAAGAUUUGACUUUUUAAGAAUCAUUGAAAUUUUCCCAUUAGAAUAAAUGUGAUUCUGAUUUUUUUCACAGGUCACAUUUUAUUAUUUCAAAAUUGACAUCCAAGUGUGGUCUGUUAUAUGCUUUUC